UAACGGAAAGUCUGGUAUUUCCCCUUUCUCGUUCAUGGCGUCGUUUCCCCUGCUUUCCUAGAAAAGACACUUGUAAUAUUCACGGAGAAAUGUAUGUACAAUUGGUGACUAAGCAUGUGUCAAAUGACAUGAUCCAAAAGAUGGGCGCAUGCAUUUUCUGACUACAGCUCCCUAUUUACCUACGAGCCUACCUAUGGUUUGACAACUUGCAUAUCUUGAUACCAGCUAUCAAAGUUGCACCUCAAUUAUUCUGGACUCAUUUUGUCAGCUUUCACUUGCUUACUUUGAAAUAAUCAACUGCGUCGUUUCGCUCCUGCCCAAUGAACAUCAAGACAAUCGGAAGCAGCCAGAAGUGACGACAGGACGUCAAACUCCUGGUUGAGUAUAUCUACAUUACAUAUACAUACACAAAUAUAUUCUUACCUUGGAUCGAAAGUUGCAUGGGGAAUUAAUUGUAUAGUCUCCAGCUCAAAAUUCUACAUACGGAUCCUUGUUGCCUAGCCUUUCCUGCGUCACAUCUGCGUCGUCUCCCUCCAGUUUUUUGAGGACUUGCAUUGCAUCACCGAAUCCGUUCUCACAGCUUAAAAGAAACAAACGAAAAACAGGAUGGCUUCCAGAGUGAAAACUCGCGGUAAGAGGAAAGACUUCAAUCUGCAGCCAUCCUUCCCAGGCAAGCACAAGACUGACCUACGUCAGCCAGUUAUGAUCAUCUCGGACACGCACGACAACCAAUUCAACAACGCAACCAAAUACGGCGGCAAAUUCACUCUCCCAAACCCACAAUGCGACGUUCUCAUCCACACGGGCGAUCUAACUUUAACGGGUGGCGAAGGCCCUUACCAAAAGAGCAUGCACAUGCUCUCGCAAAUCCCCGCCGAACUAAAGCUCGUAAUCGCAGGUAACCACGAUCUAGAUCUCGACCCCAAUUGGGUUGACAAACGCUAUCCCCCAACACCCACACAUCUAGAAAACCACAAAAUCGCGGCGGGACUAUGGAAAGGACCUCACGCAAAACAAGCAGGAAUCACGUAUUUGGAAGAGGGCAUGUACACAUUUACUCUUUCCAAUGGUGCGAAAUUCAAGGUCUAUGCGUCGCCUUAUCAGCCGGAAUUCUGUGGAUGGGUGUUCCCGUAUGAGAGGAAUGAGGAUAGGUUUAAUCCCCCUGGACUGGAGAGGGAAGGUGUGUAUAAUAUUUCUUUGCAUCCGAUUCCCAGUUUUCCGGAUGUGGAUAUUGUCAUGACCCAUGGGCCACCGAAGGGGAUUCUGGACCGUACUUUGGAUAACGAACACCCUGGGGAGCCUCUGGGCUGUGAGAGUCUGUUAAGGGCCCUGGGUAGAGCGAGACCGAAGUUGGCUUGUUUUGGACAUAUUCAUGAGGCGUAUGGGAUGAGGUUGGUGGAGUGGAAGAAGGAGGGGAAUGAGUUUGUGAGAGGAGAGGAAAGGUAUCUUGGGGAUGCGAUUGAAAGGCAGGUGGAGCAUGAGAAUGCAUAUCCGAAAUUAUCUGGUGAUGGAACAUGGGAUAUUAAGCAUGGAGAGGAGACGUUGAUGGUCAAUUCUUCGAUUAUGAACUUGGAUUACCGGCCGUUCAAUUCGCCUUGGAUAUUUGAUAUCGAGCUUCCUGGGGCUUGA